ACCGAUAACUCUUUCUCAGCUCCGACAAAAAUGGCUGCAAUCACCUUUUCCUCCUCCUUGCACGCCUCAGCCUCUCCGCGUGUUUUUCGUCCACCUGUUUCCCGAAAUACCCCUGUGAUCACUCUCUAUUCACGUUUCACACCAUCCUUCUCUUUUCCCUCUCUCUCCUUCACACUCCGUGACACAAUCCGGUCUCGUCGUCGUCCCUUCUUAAUCGCCUCCGCCGUCAAGUCUCUAACGGAGACGGAGCUGCUUCCAAUUACAGAGGCUGAUUCAAUCCCGUCCGCUUCCGGCGUUUACGCUGUUUACGAUAAAAGCGACGAGCUUCAGUUCGUCGGAAUAUCUCGAAACAUCGCCGCAAGUGUCUCUACACAUCUCAAAUCUGUGCCGGAGCUUUGUGGCUCCGUCAAGGUUGGUAUAGUAGAAGAACCGGAUAAAGCGGUUCUAACACAAGCAUGGAAAUUAUGGAUAGAAGAACAUAUAAAAGUAACCGGAAAAGUUCCCCCAGGGAAUAAGUCAGGGAACAACACAUUUGUCAAACAGACUCCGAGGAAGAAAUCUGAUAUCCGUCUCACUCCAGGUCGCCAUGUAGAGCUCACGGUUCCUUUGGAGGAACUGAUUGACCGUUUAGUGAAAGAGAGCAAAGUGGUAGCUUUCAUAAAAGGAUCAAGAAGUGCUCCUCAAUGUGGAUUCUCACAGAGAGUGGUUGGGAUUCUUGAAAGCCAAGGAGUUGAUUAUGAAACUGUUGAUGUUCUUGACGAUGAGUAUAAUCCCGGGCUAAGGGAGACGCUUAAGAACUACAGCAAUUGGCCAACGUUUCCGCAGAUAUUUGUGAAAGGAGAACUUGUAGGAGGUUGUGAUAUUUUGACCUCAAUGUAUGAAAAUGGUGAACUUGGCAAUAUCUUGAACUAGUUUCAUCCGAUUUUCUUCUCUAUUUCUAGUUGUGUAUAACUCCAAACAUUCAUAAUUGAGAAUCCUAAUAAACACAGCUUGGAUUCUCUUCCAUAGUUUCAGAUUCGUUUUCUGUUUUUCGCAUUUAUAAAGCUUACAGGUUCUA